CGUAUCGGAAAAAUCUAAGCUGUAGAGUUAACUAACUACUCAAGGCUACAAGCUAUGAAAAACGGUCUUCGCUAACGAAUAGUUUAGACUCUACAAGCCAAAAGAUAUGUUUUGGCAGUUGUUGGCGACCGUUGAUUAGCGCAAAUGUGUUUACUUACUUUCAGAUAAUUUUUGUGCCUUUUGUUUUUAUUCAUGGAAUUCGUAGCACGUGUGCUUGUAUCAUUUAUUAGAUUACUUAAACCGCAAUGCCGGAGUGUAAAAUAUCCAGGAAUAUUGGAUUAAAUUUUGUCAAAUAAAUCGACAUGUUAAGAUCACACCAUAGCAGAUUAAAAGGAAUUAGAAAUAGGAUUAAGUGAAUAGAAAAUGUUAAGCGCAGAAUACGUUAAUAAUUAGUGUUUAUAGAUUUGUUUAUGCUUAAGGAAUGCAACAUUUUGAGGAGAUUUACUUGUAGAAGAAAUAUAUUCAUAAUGUACGGCGUUACUAUAAGCGUAUGUUUCUUUAUUUACAUGGUCAGUAUAUUGGUGCUAUCAAGCGUUACGUCGGGUGACGCUAUAUUACGUACAAAUAACGUUCGAACCUUACAAACCUCAUAUGAUGACGUCACUGGAACAGACAAUACAGAUAUCUCAUCAAAUCUUAAUUCAGGGAUCAUGACAUCUGGCUCAUCGGACCUCAAUCAAAGAAAGGAACAGAAAAAUAAAUGGAAUUAUAAUGACAAACAGGGUUCUCUUUUUCUAGAUGACGAAGAUAUUGCACAUCAGAAAAAGAAAUCUCGCACGCGGGGAUUACACAUUGAUAAUAAAAAUAAAACAAAGCGACUUCCUAACGCUAUUAUAAUAGGAGUUAAAAAGGCUGGAACUAGGGCUCUUUUGGAAUACCUUAGACUUCACCCUGAUGUUAAAGCCCCGGGUCCCGAACCUCACUUUUUUGAUAAAAAUUACAAUAAAGGAUUAAAUUGGUAUAGGAAUCUGAUGCCAGAGACAAGCAAAGGACAGAUAACGGUCGAAAAGACGCCAUCGUAUUUCGUCACAAAGGGAAUUCCAGAAAGAGUCUAUAGAAUGUCAAAAAAGAUGAAGUUAAUUGUAGUUUUCAGAGACCCUGUAACGAGAGCUAUUUCAGACUACGCACAAUUAGUUAGUAGAAAUCCAAAUGUGAAAUCCUUUGAAGAAAUGGUGUUCGUAAACAAUAGAACAAGAAUUGUGGAUACCUCUUGGACUAUUGUAAAGAUAGGCGUAUACGCCCAACAUUUGGCAAGAUGGUUAGAAUAUUUUCCCAUUCGCCAAUUCCAUUUUGUAAGUGGUGAAAACUUGAUUAAAAAUCCAGCUAGUGAAAUGCAAAGAAUCCAGGAAUUUCUAGGUUUGGAGCAAUAUAUUACUGCAGAAAAUUUUACAUUUAACCAAACGAAAGGUUUUCCGUGUUAUAAAAAAGAAACAAAGACCAGUGGGUGGCAUUGCCUUAAUGAGGAGAAAGGUAGACGACACCCGGGUAUAGACCAUUCUGUGAAAAGGCGUCUAGAAGACUUUUAUAGACCUUUUAAUAUUAAAUUAUACAGCAUGACUGGACAAGAUUUCGGUUGGUCAUAACUUCAGGGACUUUACAUGAAUUAAUCAUAUGCUAGUUCCAAUGUUAUUAAACAAGAGAUGAUGGAUCAUGUCCCGAUAUUUAUACCCCACCUUUGGUCUGGUCAUUUCAAGUGCGUACCCAGCUUCAGUGCAACAUUGCUUUGAAACUGGAUUCAAAUCAAUUUGGCCUUUUUGUAUUCCGGGUAAAGUGGCCUACUAACUGUUAACAUGUCUUUAAUAAUGAUAAGGCAUUAAGUUACAACGUGUCGUGUGAGGAAUCAAGAUAUUAAAUGUAAAAUAUAUAUAUUUAUAUAUAUAAGUGCUUUCCACAAUUAGCAGUAUUUGUUUGUAACACUGCGAUUAAAUUAUAACUUUACUAUUUCUAUAUCAUGCCUACGUGUAAGAUAGAAAACUUAUGUUGAUCAAUGAUUUUCACAGGAUUCGAUAUAAUUUUACCAAUACAUAUUAUAUAUAAUGUUUCAUGUACUUCAGUAUUCCAUUAAUUAAGGAAAUAUUAAAAUUGUAUUGAUAUAAUAUAUUUUCAUAUGUAAUGAAUAUUAAACUUAAGUAUUCAAAAAAAACACUCUGACUUGUAAGUAAUAAUAAAAUACCUCAAUAUUUUCACAAAGUUUUUCAAUUGUUUGAAAAAUUUGGAUCAUAAAAUUGAUAAUCCUAGUUUAAAUCACAGACCUAAUUUAGAUAAUCCUAUUGGUAUAUAUAUACUGGUGUCAAACAUUUUGUAAACCACGUAUAAUCUUUAUAAGUUAUAUUAAAAUCAGAAGCUGAAUUAUAUUAUAAUUUCAGAAAAUAUGCCAAUUCAGAUUCACUCAUUGCAUUGUAAUAUAUACACUAUCACCUUCAUUAAUAUAACAUUGACAUCGUUUCUGAUAUCCAGAUUUAAUUUAAUGGUAAAACAGCUCCAACUUUCAGGACAAUCUCUAGACAGUAAAUAUGUACAAUUAUAUAUUGUAUGGUCCAGUUUUUGUUUUUUGUGGCAAAGUUUUCUGGAAGAUGUGUAAUGACAUUGUUUACUAUGUAAACAGCGCUUAUUUAUUUGUGCGUUGCAGCCAAAAUUGGGCGAGAUGUACGCACACUAUAUAUUGACACUGAUAUUAUACUAUUAAUGAUACACGAAAGAUGAUACAUUUUUUAAGCCAUAUUAAUUCGUGUCUGACAUUUGUUUGUCAAGAAGUUUAGUUUUGUUUCACUUUCAUAUAACGCAAACAAAAGAUCCUUACCCAAAAUUUUAAAAUACUAUUAAUUAUUCAGACUUUGACACAUUCAAUAUGUAAGAUAAUCGGCAUCUUAGUGCAAUAACGGAUUAACUCCCAGUAAUUAUAUGAGGAGAUAACCCGUUACUGCACUAAGGUGACGACUUACAGUGCUUGCUGCAAUAGUGACUUGUUUAUUGUUUACAACGUGUAGUCUGUCCUGGCUAUAUACUGUUAAUUGCGAAUUUUAAGCCUUUCUACACGGAACUUUCUCGCCUUUAUAAUAGAUAGAAGGAAAUGUAUUAGAAAGUUAAAGUCCAUUGCUUACUCACUGUGAGUCAAUAGGUGUAAAUAUUGCAUCAAAUAUUUUUGAAAUUGUCGGCAAUUAUUCCGGAGUAAGUGAUAACGUUUACAACCUGUAAAUGCCUGAAUCUGCUUCAAAUCUAAAUGUGCUUUCUGAACAAACUGCAUGUGUGGAAUCGAUUGGGUAAUAAAUUUGUUAUGGAUGCAGACUUUUUUGGGUGAAUGACGUAUGUAACAUGUGUAAUUUCUAUAUAUUUUUCGAUAGUAAAUGUCGAAAUAGAGCAAAGUAAAAUGAUAACGGUAGUUGUACGGUUAUUUCUGUGUUAGUUGCACAGAUAAUUUGUCUGAAAAGAAUGUGCUAUUAUAUGUAAUGUUAUAAAUAAGGGCAAUUGGUCUUUGGUUGUAACUUUGAAUUGUGAAUCAUGUAUGAAAAACAUUGUUUACACUUGAAUCAUGUACAUUGUUUACACAUAUUUUGUAACAUUGUUGUUAUGAUGUUGAAAACAUAAUAAAAUAAAUAAAUUAUAUAAUUUAUAUAGAAAAAUAA